AUGGAGAACUAUUCCGCUAUAGGGACAGCGAUCCUGCUCGCGCUCACCUGCCUGUUCCUCUCCAAGAUCUUCGCGAGGCGCACGAAGUUUCCGCCCGGGCCUGGAGGUCUCUUCCUUGUCGGAAGCGUGCACAAGCUCCCGCCCGUAUACCAGGAGAAGACCUUCUUCGAGUGGGGGAAGCGAUACGGAGACGUCAUCUACCUCCGCCUGUUCAGGACACCGACAAUCGUACUCAACUCCUUCCAAGCCGCAACCGACCUGCUCACGAAGCGCAGCGCGACGUACUCCGACCGCCCUCGGAUGGUCCUCCUCGGCGAGCUGAUGGACCAGGCGUCAUCGAUACCUCCCAUGCCCUACGGGGAGCGCUUCCGCAAGCACCGCCGGUGGAUGCACGACGCGGUGGGCUCGCGCGAGCGGCUCACAGCGCUGCGCACGGUCCAGCUGCGCGGGACGCGUACGCUGCUCCGGACUCUCUUGCGUACGCCUGAGCGGUUUGCAGAGCAUCUCCAUCUAUACGUCGCGGCGACGAUGCUCGAGAUCACGUACGGACGACGGAUCACGUCCUCGAAAGACGAGCUUGUCCAGGUCGCGGACCGCGCACUCGAGGGCAUCAACGUCGCUGGGUCGCCUGGGUCGAUGAUUGUGGACUUCUUCCCCGCCCUGAAGGAGAUUCCGGUGUGGAUGCCGGGCGCGGGGUUCAAGCGGCGCGCGCUGGCGGUGGGCAGGGACGUGCGGGCGUGGAAGGAGACGGGGUACGGGAUCGUCAAGUCUGCCUUGGCCCGCGGGGACGCGGUUCCGUGCGUGACUGCGACGUUGCUUGCGGAGAUAGGGGACGCGCGGACACCUGAAGACGAAGAGGACAUCAAGGGCCUGGGGUGUAGCGUUUAUGGAGCGGGGAUCGAAACGACUCUCGGCAUGAUAUUGACGUUCAUGCUGGCGAUGGUGCGGAAUCCAGAGGCGGUCCGCAAGGCGCAAGAGGAGAUAGACCGUAUGGUCGGGCGGGAGCGGCUGCCGGACUUUAGCGACCGCGCCUCGCUGCCGUACCUAGACGCGUUCCUCGAGGAGCUGUACAGGUGGAACCCUCCGCUUCCUUUAGCGAUUCCGCAUCGUGUGAUGGCCGACGACGAAUACCGAGGAUAUACGAUCCCCGAGGGAAGCAUGGUCUUGCCCAAUAUAUGGGCGAUGUCACGCGACGAAGACGGCUACCCCGAACCUGAAGAGUUCCGCCCCGAACGCCACAUUGGCGUUGCUCGUGAUGGCAGCAACCCAUUACCCAGUGGGUACGUCUUCGGGUUCGGUCGUAGCAGGAUCUGUCCGGGGCAGGCGUUCGCGGACGCGACGCUGUGGAUUGCCAUGGCGGGCAUCAUAGCGUCAUUCGACGUGCGACCGCCUCUGGACGCUGAGGGCGCUGAAGUGUGUCCUCCUGCAGCUUUCCGGCCGGGCUUCACGAGACAACCAGAGAAGUUUACGUGUCGGAUAAUACCGCGCUCAGGCAAGAUGGCGAAGCUAGUAUCGGAAGUUGAUGAGUGA